UGCGAUCGAGAUCGAUAUACGGCUAAGUUUUUUCGCUCGGCCAAUUACGUCAAUGCAUUUGACGAGAGACGCAGGUAGCAACAACAACGACAACAACAAAAAACAUUUUAAAAAAAUUUUUUAAAAAGCACAGAAAAUAGGUAAGCGCUAAUAAAAAUAGUGAAGGAUAAUGACCAGUUGCAUUCUCGCACUCUCGCCAGCUCGGCGAUUGCCCCUCCCCGGAACGCCCGAUCAAUUUGCCCCACUGACCGAAAUUGUGGAUCCGAAGCUCGGAAAGCUCACAAGACCUCUCAAAGACCAGAGCUAACAGUGAAUGGCAGAGUGACCAGGGCGUCGAAAGAAUUGCCUUUACGGGCAUUCGCAGCGAGGUCACACUGUGCCCAACUGAAUCCAAUCCGAAUCCCCAUCUUCGCAUCCGCAUCUGCAUCUGCAUUCCGCCGCCGAGGACGAGCACCCAGUGGCCAAUCCGCCGACCAUGUCGCCCAAGUACACACAUGCGAUUGUGGCCAGAAUCUCGGAUGCCCUGCUGGAGAACGGAAAGUUCGACGUACAGCUGGCCAAGCAGCAGCACGAGCAGUACUGCACCCUCCUGAGGACCAUUGGUCUCGAUGUGAUCGAGCUGCCGCCGGAUGACCAGCUGCCCGAGGGCGUAUUUGUCGAGAACAGUGCGGUGAUCUGUAACGGAGUGGCCCUGAUCGGAAGAUCGGAGCAUCCCAAGCGGCAACUCGAGGCCGAGAGCAUGGCCAUUAUUCUCAAAAAGGAGCUGGACAUUCCGGUCAUCGAGAUCGAGGAUCCGAACGCUCAGCUCGAUGGUGGCGAUGUGCUUUUCACGGGUCGCGAAUUCUUCGUUGGCAUCUCCAGUUUCACCAAUGAGGAGGGAGCCCGGGCGGUGGCCAUGGCCUAUCCCGAAUAUCCAGUGACGCCGAUUCGGGUCAACGGCACCAAGAGGCUGAAGUACUAUGUGACCAUGGCGGGGCCGGAAGUGCUGUGUGUGAGCAGUAGCCCCACCUGCCAGGAGAUCGUCAAGCGGAUGGAGCGCGAGGCCAUCUGCACCUACCAGAAGUUGACUCUGCCCGAGGAGAGUGCGGCCAAUAUGCUGUACAUCAAUGGAACGAUCGUGCACAGAUCCCCAACGGAAAUUCCAGAAGCCUACAAGACUUUAAAAGAGAAAAUCGACAUUCCAACACGCAACAUAAAUAUUAGUGAAUUUAGCCAAUAUUCCAGUGGUCUGACCUCGUCGUGUUUGUUGCUGCGACGCUGGAAGUCCAUACGGAGCUUGUGAAUCUCUCUGGGAGCCGAGAGGUUCAACCGACCGGAGUGAGAAGCAUUGCCAUGAGAAACAUGCACAACAGGCCCAAGGAGCAGGAUACUGCAUGCAUUCCCUGCUCUGUCCAGGCAUCAGCAAAAUUGUAUUAUCUUAUUAUAGUUUAUACACACCAUCUCUUGUUAUUGUUACACAAUUAAGAUUAAACCUUUGACGCUAAUCAAACUGAUUGUCGCUGAGGCGUCGCUGCUGUUACUUUCCAGCUCAUUGUUAUUUUAUAGGUUGUGUAAUUCAAUCAGAGUUGGAAAGUAUCAUCGCCGUCGACGUCCAGAUAGAUGAUCGCCAUUCCUCCUCCACUCACAAUCCAUGACGAUGUUGAACGGAUAUCAUUGUAUUAAUAUGGUAAAAUUACUAUUAUGAAUUGUAUCUACUUUACAAGUAGUUUGUUGAAUGUGUUCACUGUCUGUCCUCGAAAUAAAUGCAACAUUUGUAAUCUCUUCUUAAAAAAAAAAUCUU